CCCGCCCGGCCGACACCGAGGCCGCGGGUUCGCGGCUGAGCCCGCCCCGCACCGGCGAUGGCCGCGGCGCCGGCGGCGGGCGAGGGGCCGGACCCCGAGGAGUUCGUGUACGGCGAGGAGGAUUUCGUGCUGCAGGCGGCCGGCUGGGACGACCCGGACUCCGCGCUCUCCCGCUUCGACCGAGCGCUGCUGGCGGGCUGGAGCGACCGUAUGGAGAGGGGACUGUUCCGGUACCGGCUCGGGCCGCUGCCCACCCGCGUCCUGCCUGGCCCCGAGCGCCUCGUGGCGCAGCUGAACGAGCAGCGCAGCGCCGAGCGCCGCCCGCCGCAGCCCGUCCGCAGCCUCCGGGACCCCUUCGACCCCGGCGCCUUCAACUUCACCCGGCUGCGCCCCGCCGAGCUGCUGCUCCGCCUGCGCCGCGCCGGGGGCCCGGGGCCGCCGCCCGACCCGCUGCUGGUGGCCAUCAACGCCAGCCCGCUGGAGCGGGGACACGUCCUGCUGCUGCCGGAGCCGGCGCGGCGGCUGGGGAGGAGAUGGCACCGGGACUGAGACUGGGGCAGGGACCGGCGUGGCUUUCUCCACGGCGGGCCCCACACCAACACCGAGGCUCUGCAGGGCCAGCCAGACCCCUGGCCCAGGCCCCACACCAGCAUGGCAGAGCCGCUGGCUGCGGGCCAGGGCAGAGCCGGUGGCUGAACAGGCACAAAGGGCCCCAGCGCUGCCCACAGCGAAGGUCCCGCUCGCCUGGCCGGGAUCUCCCUCGGUGCCUCUGACCGGAGCACCGAGAUCUUUGUGCUGCCCAGAACAAUCCCGUCAUGGAGGAGGGAGGGAGGAAGGCAGAGAGGUGGCCACGGAAAGGGCUGUCACCGCGCAGAACGUGGGACCUGUCCCAGAGCGGUGGCUGGCGCACGGGCAGAGGGGCCUGGCAGGAGCCCGUGUCCCGGCAC